AUGGAUCGCACGAACUCGGCCUCUUCUGUUCCUUCACGCUCCGGUUCGUCAUCAGGCGCAUUCGCCUAUCAGACUCGCCUUCUUGAACGGACUUCAUCCACCAGGAAUGGUGCUUCUGUCUCGAGGAGCAACUCCCAGUCGGGUAUGAGCAUUUUGACAAAUCCUACGGGCUCAUCUGCAGCCCCCAAUACCCGGCGUUGGGUUCCAUCUCACCGCGUCGCCAACAGCUUGGACGCUGUCCGUGGCAGAUGGGAGGAGCGUUCUCGGGACGCUGCGAUGGAGGAUCAUACGGUCUCCUCGUCAUCCCCGACUAGAAGCGUGCCAAAUUCUCAGCUCUCGGCUGACAGUCAGCGACCUCCAUAUGUUCCUUCUACUCCUUCCCAUUCCAGUUCCUUACCCGACCAACAACGGACUCCGCCAUAUCUCAAACGGCACACGAUGCCAGCACCCAUCAUUGCGUCCCCUUUGUCGCCCAACACUACAGGAGUCUCCGUAGAAGCUGAACCUUUACCUUCUUCGGUCACCGGCGCACAUCGAAUUCACUUGCCUUCUUCACCUGCCAUUUCAUCUGCUUCUGAUAGGACCAGGCAUACAGAUCAUUACCUACCCUCUACCCUUUCUUCCGCAGAGUCUUCCCCUUCCCCAUCUCGUCACCGUGCAACCACGCUGGGUGGAUCUAGUUCGCCGAGCUGGUCGUUGUCCGAUCGCGAAGGAACAGCUUCACCGCCCUCCGUAGCUUCGUCUUCCAGCCAUGACCCCUUCAUUCCAACCCCACCAUCUACGCCUCUGAAGAAACGACCUACGUCUUAUUAUGGCGGCAUGUCAUCUCCAGACAAAGUCGCAGUCGGGCCAUCCAUCCUCGAUCGCACAAACUCAUACAAGCGUUCUCUAGAAGCUUCAACACCUACUAUCCCAUCUUCAGCCAUGUCGCCUACCCCAUAUCGCAGCUCCUAUAUGAAUAAUAAGAAGGCGGCAACGUACGGUGAGAGCUUGACUGCUGGAAGGAGACUUGGAAAACACUUGCCGCGUAUCGCCAGCGGAGAUGGGGAUGACCACUGGGAGGAGAAGAAUGACUUUCCAAAAGAGCGGGUAGAAGCGAAGGAGAUUAAUCUGCCAAGUGAAAGAAGUGAAAUCAGUCGAGACGACGCCCACAAAGAGGGAGAUGCGAAGGAGAUGGGUCUACCCGUCGUAGAUGAAGGCGAUGGAGUGGCAGGUAUACCGGGCAGACUGCGUCUAUCGCGAUAUAGAGCACCCAAUGCCCAGGCUCCUAUGCCCUCUUCACGACUAGCUAGAGGAUUAUGGGCAGACACCCAGAGGCAUUUGAUACAAGCCUAUGAGUACCUUUGUCACGUAGGAGAGGCUCAGCAGUGGAUCGAAGGCUGCUUGGGAGAGGAGUUGGGCUUUGGUGUCGUCGAGAUGGAGAGCGGUCUGCGAAAUGGGGUUGUUUUAGCCAAGCUAGUGAAAGUGUUCACUCAAGAUGCCAUUGUCAAGAGGAUCUACGAGGCGCAAAAGUUGUCCUUCCUUCAUUCAGAUAAUAUCAACUACUUUUUCGUUUUCGUUCGUCAAGUUGGUCUACCAGAAGGCUUCAUUUUUGAGCUUACGGACUUGUAUGAAAAGAAGAACCUUCCAAAAGUGAUAUACUGUAUCCACGCAUUGAGUCAUCUCCUUGCUCGACGUGGUUUGGCAGAACGUAUCGGCAAUCUUUUGGGACGGCUGCAAUUCUCUGACGACCAACUUCAGAAGACUCAGAAAGGCUUGAAAGAUGCAGGUGUCGCGAUGCCGAAUUUCGGCAACAUCGGCCGGGAGCUUGCUAAAGAGAUUAACGAAGAGCCGGAAGUUGAAGUAGAGACAGAAGAUGAACGGAGAGAUCGUUUAUUGCUCGAAAACGAAGCCUCAAUCAUUAAGCUUCAGUCCCAAUGUCGAGGAUUCAUUGCUCGCCAGGCUGAGGCUGCGCAGCGGGAUCGCAUGCGACUUGUUGAGCAUUACGUGGCGAAAAUACAGGCACGCUGCAGAGGACAACUUCUUCGCCGAGAACUUUCCGAACGACGCAGUGAACAGCGAGACCUCGAGCCCUGGGUUGUCGCACUUCAGGCAUCUCUGCGGGGCGCAUUGUUUCGUGAGGAAUGGCAUCAUCACCUUCAUGAUAUCAGGAAUUCUUCAUCCUGUGUAAUCAAGAUACAAGCCCAGCUACGCGCAGUACUUCAGCGACGUCGCAUGGCUGGGCUUUUAGCUGCCCUACGAACAAGUCGAUCUUCCUUUGUCAAACUACAGUCAAUGGCGCGCCUGCGUUUAGUCAAGAAAAGCAUCAACCAGGUUUCAAAAACCUUUGUUGAACCUUCUGUCGCGACAUCCGUGGUGGCAAUGCAGGCAUUCUCUCGCGGUGCCAUUGCUCGGCAGCGGGCUAUGCAGCAAGUCAAAACGCUAUAUAAUUAUGAAGGAGCGUUUGUUGCCCUCCAGUCUCAGUGUCGGGGUAUCCUCGUUCGGCGUCGGAUGCGCAAACAGAUGGCGAAGCUGGAGGACGUCACGCAGACGGUCAUACGUAUACAGGCUGCUUCGAGGACCUAUCUAGCGAGGAAGCGCCUUUUGUCACUUAUACGAGGACUACGAAAGGCAACUGCAUCAGUCAUCAGUUUCCAGACGAUUGCAAGAACCAAAAUUGUUCGACAACAACACAAAGCGAUGACUCGGGCCCUAAUGACUGUCAGUACCAUCAAAGCUGUGGGGAGUUUACAGGCUCUUGCUCGCGCCUCUCUAGCGCGAAGCAAACACCACGAAGUCACCAGAAAGUUGGAAUUUGUCGCCCCUGACAUGGUCCGCUUUCAGGCUGCUGCACGGGGCGUUCUAGCACGGGAUGACUACUUUGCUUGGCGAGAUCAUCUGCUUACUAGUCAGGAUAUUGCCACAUUCCUACAAGCCCUGUUACGAGGCGCUAUGGUACGGCGCAAGUUCCGUUCAAAAAUGGACUACUACCGCUCGAAUCUAAGCAAAGUCAUUCAAAUUCAGUCUCUCAUGCGUGCAAAGGAAACUCGGGAACAAUACCGACAGCUCACGAUGGGUCAGAACGUCACUGUUGGAACAAUCAAGAAUUUUGUACACUUGUUAGAUGACUCGGAGGCCGAUUUCCAGGAUGAGAUUACGGUGGAGAGAUUGAGGAAACGGGUAGUACAGCAAAUCCGGGAGAAUCAAGCAUUGGAAAGCGAUCUCAACGAUCUGGACACCAAGAUCGGUCUAGUUGUAGAGAACAUGAAGACGGUGAAGCAGCGACAUACUGACAAUGCUGCAGGUCACGCUGCCCGGACUUCAUUGCUCGCUGCCCAUGGUGAUCCAUUUUCAGGACCCAACACACUGGAUCACACUGCUCGACGGAAACUCGAGUUGUAUCAGCAGCUUUUCUAUCUCCUUCAGACGAGAGGAGAAUACUUAAGUCGCCUUUUCCAUCACAUCUCUCAAGGCAACGCUGCUGAAUCGAAUCGCCGAUUCGUUGAGAGGGUCGUAUUAACGCUAUUUGGUUAUGGUCAAGACAGCCGGGAAGACUAUCUACUACUCAAAGUUUUCCAACUCGCUAUUCGAGAUGAAUUUGUCUUGGCUACGUCACCGAGCGAUAUCAUACGCGGACAUCCGAUGUAUAUCAAUAUCGCCGUGCAUUACCUUAGGCAGAAACAAGCCGUUUAUGUACGAGAAGCCUUCCAAGGUGCUAUUCAGAAACUAGUCGAUCAUCCUGAUCUUGACCUGGAAGCCGAUCCUUGCACGAUAUAUGAGGAAAUACUCCGACGUGAAGAGAUGAGGUCCGAAGUUCCACUCAACAAGGCAAAACAAGUCAGCUUCCAUGAAGCCUUGAGGGACCCGGAUACUAGGGCCAUUUACAUCAGACAUAUACAAAUGUUGCAAUGGGCCACAACUGUGAUGGUGCAGGCGAUCAUGGAGUCGAUUAAAAAGAUGCCAUACAGCAUACGCUAUCUUGCUCGGGAAACUCUGAACAUGGCCCGCGAGACAUUUCCGGAUGCUCCCGAUGAAGUUUAUGCUGCAUGCAUUGGACGACUCGUAUUCUAUCGCUAUAUCAAUCCCGCUAUUGUGACCCCUGAAACGUUCAACAUAAUUUCGACAACUCUCGAUGUCCAGUCUCGUAGCAAUUUGUCCGAGGUUUCUCGUGUACUGACCCAGAUAACGAGUGGAUCAUCAUUCGGAGAGGAUAGUCCCAGUUAUGUCCCCAUCAAUGAUUAUGUUCGGAAAACCAUCGAUGAAAUGACAGCGUGGCUUCUUGAAGGUGGUUCAAUACGUGGCUUUCACUUGCCAAGUGUACCAGAUGCCGAGACUCAGUUUCAUGCUCACGAAUUCCUUGAUGCUACGGUGCAACCCAAGCCAAUUUAUAUCUCUCCAAAUGAAAUUUACACGAUGCACGGAUUGUUGUCACAGCAUCAAGACAGCCUGGGUCAGUCCUCCGAUGAUGCAUUAAAAACCAUCUUGAGAGAAUUAGAUGGUGUUCCUCAUUUCGGUAAUGAAGAACUGAAAGACGCUAGAGAUCAUGUCGUUACGCUCGAACUCACCAAUCGCUUUGCUGACGUCAAAGAUCCGCAUGCCGAGGAGAAGGCACUCUGGGUACAGGCUAAGCGCGGUGUCUUAGCAAUUCUUCGUGUGCAGCCGGCGCAAGACCUAGUGGAAUCCUUACUCCAGCCGGUAACGGAUGACGACGAGCUGGUAUGGGAGGGCAUCUUGGACGCUGAUAUGGUCAACGAAGAGGCUAGACAUCAUCCUGGACGCCAAGCCUCUCAAGCUGCCGCAGAUUCCGCGUACCGCCUGGAAGACAUUAAAUCAUUAACUUUCCGGGCUGUCAAAGCGCUGGCUAUCUCGUACCUAUUGAAGCUGGAGGAACGAGGAAAGAUAUCUCGUGCUGAUGGUUUCCAAGGAAUUCUCAAUGCCAUCGCUGGUGAUGUUCGCAGUAAACACCGGAAGCGUAUCCAGCGGCAACAGGAGAUGGAAAGUAUGAACGAAGCACUGAGACAAUUGGGCGAGAGGAAAAAGCAAUUUGAAGAGAGAAUUGACAGCUACCACCGCUAUGCUCAAUCAUCCAUGGCUACCAUGGUCACAAAACCGCGCAUCAAACGGUUCACUUUGCCUUUCACCAAACAGUAUUUCCAUCUUCGUGAUCUCCAAAAAUCGGGGCAGAACCCGAAGUUUGGUUCAUAUCUAUACACCGCCAAGGACCUUUACGAGAAGGGUAUCUUGUUAUCCAUUGAUCAAUACUCUCCUCGUCAAUUCGACAAAAUUCAGCUCACAAUGUCGUCUAAUUCUGCUGGUGUCUUCAAUCUACUCCUGGAAUCAACCCUGAUUGGUGGUAUCACUACCAAGAUGGGCUCGGAUGAAGUACAGAUGGAGGAUCUUCUUCAGGCGAAAUACGAGCAACGAUCAUCGUUGACCUUAUUUAAUGGGCAGGCUAAGGUGAACUUGGAUCGUUUUGUCAGUCAGAUUAAUAAGAAGUAA